GUUAAUGUUAAUAAUCAUGGGUAAGAAAAUAAAUUAUGUCAGGUUCCUUGUUCUUCUAUUUAGCUGUGGCUUGAGUCGGCAUUAUCGACCACUAAAUUAGCAUUAAAGUACUACUCUGCACUAUGUCUCAUCUGACCUCAAAUCUCCAAAAACUUAAAUCUCACUUGUUGACUUUACUCUUCUAUUUAUUGCUUUCAUUUUCAGUGCAACAUUUCCUGGAAUUGACUUGGGGAGGAAUGAUUUUUUUCUUUCUUUCUUUCUUUCUUGAUUGAGGAGUAACACGUAGGGAGAAAUGAUAAGCAAAACAUUAUCCACAUAUACUGUAAUUGCAAACGUCCCUAUCCUUAAUGGUUCCGUAGGUGAUCAUCCCGUCAGAUUUUACAAGCUGGCCUAUGGUACUGAUCAGGGUCAAAUAAAAUGAUAAUUCUGAUACCCCUGUUGAUGCCACUUUUGUUUUCCAUAUGGAACUCUAUGCAUGGUUCUUAGUUCUCAUUCAAUGGCUGCUAUUGCUAUAGUACUCUGAUGAUAAAAAUGGAAUUAGAAGGGGUUAAAAACAGUUAUUGUUCAGUACAAGUGUUCGACAUUAUUGUUGAUGAUGAUUGAUGUUUCCUGAUUCACUUUGUUUUGUGUACGCGAGACGCGAUUCUCUUACUUUCUCUUCAAGCUCAUCAGUACUCUUAAUUCACCCUGUGUUGCAAUGAUUUCGUGCAAGAAAACUGGGUGUUUCACAAUGUGAAAGAUAGAAAAAAAGGAUUUCAUUUUACGCAGUACACCAACAUGGAGCCUUCAAGAGUACUCCAAGUUAGGUAUCAUUUUAUUAGGAUGGAAAUGUUGAGCAGUAGGAUUAAUGCAUGAGCUGUAUUUUUUUUCUUUCUAAGAGAAAAAGAAAAAGUAAUGCAGUAUCCACACCCAAUAAGCCAGCUUCUGCUUUCACAUUUAAUGCACUCAACUGUUUCUUAAAACCACCCUCCAUAAUUUCAUUUAUGUUUAGACUAUAGAACCAACAAGACAACUACAUUUGUUGGCAUAGAAAAGGACAAUCUUUUUCUCAUCAUCCAAAGAAAAUGGAAAAAUUAAAAAGACAAUCCUUUUUAUAUAUACAUCUCUCAAACUGAUCUGGGAUAUCUUCUUUUUUCUUUUUCUAAACCAAAAAGAAUUCAUCCUUUCUGGUUAUUGUGAUGGGUUCUGCAGCCAAGUUCUCUUAUCAAAGGCUGAAUAAUGAAGACAUACUCGGUGAUUGUGAGGGUACAGAGAGACAAGUUGCUAGAUCAUCGAGAAGUUGGCAGAGGUAUAGAAGGGUGCAUCCAAGAAAGAGAUUUAGGCUUAAGGUUCCAAGUUUGAUGAGGAGGUUCUUGAGAAGGAAAGUUAAUCUUGUUUAUGCUGCUUAUGCUAAAGUGUUGAAGAGAUUGAAAGACGGUCAGGCUCAUUUUGGUGAUCUUUUUGCUGGGAAUUAUCUGUUCUUGCAGGUUAAUCCAACUUCAUUAAAGUAUUUAGAGAAAGCCUAUCACAAUACCGUGUUGCCUUCAAGGUACCCAUUACCAAGAAGAUGUGAUUAAUUAAUCCAGUACAAUCUAGGAUUGGAUACUGUUUGUGUUAUAGACUGUAACGUUGCUUUUUCUUUUCUUUUUUCCAUUAAUUGUACUUCAUGUAAUAACAGAUAAUGAUGAUGAUGAUGAUGAUGAUGCAUAAGCCUCUUUUCUGGUAUUAAAAGAUAAACUAGUUGAAUCUAUAA